AUGAAGCCACAGCGACACGCGGAGGAGGCCUCGCCGGUGAGGCUCGACCGCACCAUUGGCUUCCUCUACGGCAUCUUCAUGCAAGUCGGGAUGAUCAUCGGCAGCGGCAUCUUCAUCUCCCCGUCCGGCGUGCUGCGCCACGCGGGCUCCGUCGGGUGGGCGCUGCUCGUGUGGCUGGCCUGCGGCUUCCUCUCCCUGCUUGGUGCCCUUUCGUACGCGGAGCUGGGCACGACGAUCCGCCAGUCCGGGAGCCACUACAUCUACUUGAGAGAAACCCUCGGGACGCUCCCCGCCUUCCUCUUCCUGUGGGUUGAGUUCAUCAUCGUCAGGCCGUCGAUCAUGGCCGUGGUGUUCCUGUCGAUGGGGCAGUACUCGCUGGAGGCGCUGUACUCGCCUUGCGCCGUGCCCCGAGUCGCCGUCAAGCUCCUCGCGAUGGUCUCCAUCUCGUUCGUGGUGUUUGUCAACACGUGGAGCUCAACGCUGUCGCUGCGCGUCCAGUCGUGCCUUUCGGUCAGCAAGCUGGCCGCCCUGGCCAGCAUCAUCGGCGUGGGAGUCGCUCACGUGGCGCGCGGGCGGACAGAAUAUUUCGAGAACGCCUUCGACACCGCAGACAGCCGCCCGGGGAGUCUGCCGCUGGCGUUUUACUCGGGGAUGUUCGCCUACUCGGGGUGGGCGUCUCUCAACGCCGUCACGGAGGAGGUGAAGCGCCCAGAACGCACGAUCCCGGUGGUGAUCUGCGCCUCGCUGGCCAUCGUGACCGUCACCUACCUCCUCGCCAACGCCGCCUACUGCGCCGUGCUCACCCCGUCGCAGAUCCUCGGCUCCGCUGCCGUGGCCCAGACAUUCGCCGAAAACACCCUGGGCAAUGCGUUCUCUACGAUCGUACCCCUCUGCGUGGCCCUGUCCUGCCUGGGCGGCAGCAUGGGCUCGUAUUUUACAUCACCCAGGCUGUUUAUGGUGGCGUCGCGGCAGCGCCACUGGCCGAGCAUCUUCAGCAUGAUCCACGUGAGGAGGCGGACCCCCUGCCCGGCCAUGCUGCUGCUGCUGCCACUGCUGCUCUGCUUGAUGUGGCUGGGGGACGUGCACGCGCUGAUCAACUACUGCAGCGGCCCCCAAUGGUUCUUCGUCGGCCUCGUGUCGCUCGGCCUCGUGUACCAGCGAGUACGGCGGCCCGAUCUUCCGCGCCCCUUCAAGGUGCCCCUGGCGGUGCCAGCGCUCUUCUCGUGCUGCUGCCUCGGCAUCGUCGCGUGCUCCGUCUACUCGUCCCCCGCCAACCUGGGCAUGGGCGCCCUCAUCACGCUGAGCGGCGUGCCCGUCUACGCCGCCUGCCUCACGGAACGCGGACGGAGCGCGUGGCCGGAGCGCGUCCGGCGCCGCGCCGAGUGGAUCACUCAGGAGCUGCAGUUACUCAUGGAGGUGGUACCACAGGAGGAGACCAACUACUGAUUUCAACUGACCCAGGAGCAAAGCAUCAGCACAAGAUUUCAAAUGAAACCGAUCAUACGAACCGGUAUUAGGAGGCAACUACUUACACAGUCCUCACUUCUGCUAGUGGGGCACAUUUUUCUGCCAAGACACAAAUUGCACCCGACCCAAGUUUGACAAAUCGCCACCACUUUUUGUGACAAGCCACAAGGAAUGAGCAUCCAAUUGGAUAAACGAGCCAAAAGUCUUCCAAGCGACCUGACAAUGAAGUGUUUCUUUACUUUUCGUUGUCGGUGUUGUGGGCGAAUUGUCUCGUUACAGUUUGGCCAGUGGGAAGCGUACAAUUUGAAAAUCCCCUCACAGACCACGGUCUGUAAACAUGACACCACUUCAACUCGACCGAGUUGUGCAACAGAUAAUUUUGGCAAUUUCAAAACUUAACACUUUCAAUAAAUGCAAUGGACAUCUUCAUUUUUGUAAACCACUUGAUUCGUACAAUGCAAUAUUAAAACGUGUAUCGGAAGCUAUUUCUAAUCCUUUAUAUUUAGUUCGCUUGCUUGCGCGCUUACGACCGUGCAAAUCUUUCGGUCGUUUUUUAACCCACUUUCCGUGAUCCAAUCGAGCUGACAUUUUGCACACAGACUCGUUGUGCGUGACAAUUAAUGUUCGUGAAAUUUUUUUUCCAAAAUGUUACACUUAUUAGGAAAAAAUAAAUUAUAUUUAAUUACCAAUUGCUUAAUGGUGGCAGGCAAUCAUCUGACCCAUAGGUGGCAGCCAUCUCAAGCCAGAGGACGAGAGGACUCUAGCCGCCACGCAUAGAAAGGAUUUAUAGUGAAAAACUUUGUUUUUACGGGUUAAUUUUUUAU